CCAAUGACGCAACGCACCCCGCUCGCGCCGCUGUGUGCCUGAGCGCCGUUCGCGCUGCUGCUCGCGCUGCCGCUCCCGAUCCGGAGCGAUGGGUAAACUACAGGAGUUCAGCAUCGCCUUUACCAGCAACAAGCUGGUCUACAGCCCCGGAGAGACGCUCUCAGGCAGCGUGCGCCUCACCACCGACCGCGCGCUGCACUACAAGGCCAUUAAGGUGAACUGUGUGGGAUCAUGUGGCAUCUCCAGCAAGAUGAACGACACGUCGUGGAUGGCGGAGGAGCAGUAUGUCAGCAGCAUGCUCUCUGUGGCGGACAAAGGUACUCUACCACCCGGAGAGCACAACUUCCCCUUCCAGUUUCUCAUCCCAGAACAUGCUCCCACCUCUUUCGAGGGUCCAUUCGGGAAGAUCGUGUACAGAAUCAGGGCUGUAAUAGACACACCACGCUUCUCGAAGGACUAUAAGACCCAGAGACCCUUCUACCUGCUCAACAUGCUGAACCUCAAUGAGGUGCCUGAUAUAGAGCAACCCAGCUGCGCUGUGACAACUAAGAAGUUCACCUACCUCCUAGUGAAGACGGGCACUCUGAUGCUGAAGGCUCGCAGUGACCUGAGAGGAUACACUCCGGGACAAAUCAUCAAACUGUCCACAGAGAUACACAACAAAUCCGGAAAAGACACAGGCUGUGUGAUAGCCAGCCUCAUACAGAAAGUGACCUAUAAGACGAAGCGGCCGAUGUUCGACCUGCGGACAAUAGCGGAGGUGGAAGGCGCCGGUGUGAAGGCGGGUAAACAUGCGGAGUGGAGAGAGCAGAUCAUCGUUCCUCCUCUCCCUCAGUCUGGCCUCACUGGAUGUAGCCUCAUAGAUAUUGACUACUUUAUCCAGGUUUCACUGAAGUCUCCUGAGACAGUGGUCACUCUGCCCAUCUACAUUGGAAACAUCGCUGUCAACCUGACCCCCUCGAGACCACCUCCACCAAACCCCCUCCCACACACUCCAUUACCGCCCAUGCAGAGUCUCAGCCCGGGACCGGUGGUUCCGAGCGCGCCUCCCGCUGAGGACGAGCUAGAGGGGGAACAGGGAGCAGGGGGGCUGGCCAGUGAGGAGAUCCCAACCAAGAGCCACUCCCAGCAGGACCCGUCUGGCCAGGCCCCCACAAUGUCCCCCAGCGCGUUCAGCCACGCUCCCAGCCAAGCGCUUCCUCAGGGUCAGCACCCUCAGUCAGCAGACAGCUCGGCUCCUCUGUUCUGCGUCUCCACAGGAGCCACCAUCCCCUUCUUCGCUGACAGUAACACCACUCCCGUGCCCACCACCUGCCCUCUCAUUCUGCCCCCUGAGUACAGCAGCUGGGAAUACCCGCAUGAACCACCUCCUACCUACGAGGAAAGCUGCAGCAGCAACAACUCCAGCUUCAACACCAGCAUGACGUAGAUCAGAUCAGCCAGGAUGCUGCAGAAUCAAGAUUUUCAUCAAAGCAUCUGCCCCACCUACUGGACCCUCCAGGCAUUGCAGCUCCACUCCAAAUUUGACCAAAUCUGAGUGUUUAAAAUAAAGGGAUCUUUUUCAUUUUAAUUUUUAUCAGCUUAUAUCACCGAUAUUCCUUUGCUCCUCGGUAUGGAGAAAAGGAUCCUGGGCCAGACCCAGGGAAUGAGUUUAUCAGUGCCUAAUUACGGUAGCACUCCUGAACAAUGAUGACAGGUUGAUGAGACCUUCCGCAUUUAUAUGAAAGGAAAUACCAGCAUCUGUGAUGCCUUGAAAUGAAAGUUAUCUACAGAAUCUGUUUUUCGUCUUUCACUUAGCCAAAGCUGGCCUUCUGUGAAGCUCGCUUCUCAACUCAGCAACACAGGCUUAGUAAAAUCUGCUCGAUGGCUUCGGAUGAACCGGUGCAGCUUAAAGAAGAGAAGAUGCCAGUUGAUUUAUGGACUCUUGGAGGAACAUUUGCUUUAGUAUUUGUCACGUUAGUCUGUGUAAAAGAUCGUUUGUUAACUAGGGGUGGGAAUCACAUUGCAUCUCACCAUACAAUAUACUAUACAAGAUACUGUGAUUCUAAGAUACUUAAUAAGCAAAUACCAGAAAUUAUGGAUUUAUUGGUGUUUCAGUUUCACAGAAUUUAACAGCCAAUAUUCUUUACCACUGGUUUACUCUAUUCUUUUGAUUAUAGCACCACCAUGUGGAGUAAUGAAGCAGUAACACUAGUAAGUCUUGGGCUCCAAGUAGUCCAGCAGAUUAGGAGAUUGCUGGUUCGAAUCCCGGUCAUGCAGCUUGCCAUCAGCUGCCGAUGCCCUGAGAAAGAACAACUGGCCUUACCCUUUCCCCUCAUCACUCCAAAGGGUGAUGUCGAUCAGCACAAGGCGUCUGUGAGCUGAUGUAUCAGAACCGAGUCGCUGCGCUUUCCUCCGAGUGCGCUGUGAUUUUACUCGGUAAUGCUACAUCAGAAGCAGUUUGAAAAGUGUCGGAGGAGGCAUGUGCUAGUCUUCACCCUCCAUGUGUUGUGGCAUCACUAGUGAUGGGGGAUAUACAGCUGACUAGCAGCUGAAGGGGGAAAAAUAUUGAAUAAAUUUAUUAAAAAAAACAUUAGUGGGAGACGACUCUUAGGGAGUUUAGAACAUCUAUAUUUAACAAAAAAAAAAUCCAUACAUGUAUCGCAGAGAAAAACAAUAUGAUAUAUCAUGAUACCAAUAUUUUGUCCCAACCCUAGUGUUAACUGGAAGGACUGAUAAUAUUAAUGUUAAUGGGUUACCAUCAUCACUGUUGGAGGAUAACAUGGUACAUAAGUCCUCCUCCUUACUGAUUGGACCACUGAGCUCGUAUAAGGGACUCUGCUUUGGCCGACACACAGAUGGCAAUUCUGUGUACUGUAGACUUACAGGGGUUGGACAAUAAAACUGAAACAACUGUCAUUUUAGUGUGGGAGGUUUCAUGGCUAAAUUGGAGCAGCCUUUUGACCAAUCUUCAUUAAUUGCACAUUGCACCAGUAAAAGCAGAGCGUGAAGGUUCAAUUUUUUACAAUGCACACAACAUUAUGGGUGACAUGCCACCAUCUGUGACCAAGACAGCAAGUCUUUGUGAUUUAUCAAGAGCCACAGUAUUCAGGGUAAUGUCAGCAUACCACCAAGAAGGACCAACCACAUCCAACAGGAUUAACUGUGGACGCCGUAAGAGGAAGCUGUCUGAAAGGGAUGUUUGGGUGCUAACCCGGAUUGUAUCCAAAAAAAACAUAAAAUCCCGGCUGAACAAAUCACGGCAGAAUUCAAUGUGCACCUCAACUCUCCUGUUUCCACCAGAACUGUCCAUCAGGACAAUGAAUUAUUGUGGUCUAAAACCAGGUGUUUCAGUUAUAUUGUCCAACCCCUGUAUGUUGAGGUCAGAGGGGGAGCAGUUCUUGUUAUAUUACUAUUUGGGACACUGCUUGCUUGUAUUGCCCCUUAAAGAUCAUAGAAAGAGAUUUCUUAUCCUUUAGUCCCUUAGUUAUUAUUACAUUCAGUAGAUUUACUUCCUAUGUAAUUCGUUUAAAAGAAAACAAAAACAAUUGAACUGUCAUUACUUUGUAAUGAUUUUGUUGAGAAUCAACAGUUUUUGAGUUUGUGUGUGUCUUUAAACCCCCUGCAUGUAUUAUAAACUAUAUAAAAUGCACGCGCACACACACAGUGGGCCUCAUUCAUGAAUCCUUUGUAAAAUAAUGAGCAAGCUGCAAACUGAAUUAAUUUAUUUAGUUCAUGAAUACUAAUGAUUAUGGUUUGCAAAUUGGUAGAGGCAAAGACAUUUGCAUCCUGCGUGAUCUAUUACAAAUACCAUUCACCAUUUAACACCCAUGAAUUACAAAUGACCACCACAUUUUUUUAUAAACAAUGAGCAUACAGUGCUGUGAAAAUGUGUUUGCCCAUUUAUUUACACAUUGAAAUUUUAGAUAAAAGAGAACCUGAGGGAAUAUAAAAAGCUGUUUUAUUUACAUGAUGAUUUCAUAUAAUAAUGAAAAAAGCAAUCCAAACCAACCUGACCCUAUGUGAAAAAGUAAUUUCCCCUAAAGCUAUUAGCUAGUUGUGCUUUGGCUCAUUGUCCUGCUGCAGAACCCAAGUACGCUUGAGCUUAAUGUCACAAACUGAUGUCUGGACUUUCUUCUUCAGGAUUUUCUGGUAAAGACAUGAAUUCUCAUGUUUUUAUCAAUUACAGCAAGUCACCCAGGUCCUGAAUCAGCCCCAAACCAUCACACUAGGACCACCACCUUUGUGUUCGUUUGGGUUAGCAGUGGUUUUCACAUUGGAACUCUUAUUUUUUUUAUUAUUUAAUCAUUUACACAUGAGCUUAACUGAGGCAAGAGAGGUCUGCAGUUCUUUUGAUAUCGUUCUGGGUUCUUUUUUCACUUCCUGGAUGAGUUGUCCAUGCCCUUUUGGAGUAAUUUUCGUAGGCCGGUCACUCUUAGGAAGAUGGUCUGCUGGAGUACUUUUUCACAUAGGGCCAGGUUUGUUUGAUAAUCUGAAAAAUGUAAGUAUGACAAGAAAGCCAAAAACAAAAGAAAAUUGUAAAUUGAGUUACACCUGUUGUGCAAUAUCUCCUUUAAAAUAAAUCUGUCCUCUAGCUAAGUUUGUACUUGAUCCAAUUCCGAAUGCUGCACAUGUGCACUCUCUACAAAUGAGUUCUGCUCAGGUUUCAUAAAUGAGGCUCAGUAAGUGUGUGGGGUUGAGUUGUGGUUUGUGUCCUACUUACUGUGCCGACAUGUUUGUUCACUUUCUGACCAAGAAUUGAUUCCUUACUGGAAUUUCCGUGGGUUGUACGGGAAUCCAUUGUUUUUUACAGUAGUGCAAAGCCCAAAUGUCUGUACGUGAUUUUCUUCUGGGUUUUUUUUUUUUUUUUUUUUUUUUUUAAUUGAUUCACAAUUAAUUAAUGGAGAUAAAAAAAAAAUGAAUUCCCAGUUGAGGCCUUACCAUAUUCUGAUUGCUGUGUAUAAUUGUAAUGAAAGUUCCUGCUCCUGCAUUUUAAAAGUACAGUAUGUGUAAUCCAGACCCUUGAACUGUUGGUUGGUUAACCAUUGGAAUUUCUGAAGCACAAAACGGCACUUUUUAAUAGAAUUAGAUUCUGUCAGUGGACGGAUUGUUGAUUGUGUGUGUGUUUUUGUGUGUGUGUGUGUGUGAGAGAGAGAGAGAGAGAGAGAGAGAGAGAGAGAGAGAGAGACCUCCUCUAACCAAUAUUCCCAAAUCCACUGAAUGUAGUAUUAGCUGUAGAUUCACUCCAGCCUUUACUGUGAUUUUCUUCAUACACUCUGAAAAAUAAUAAAGAUGCUAGAAAAGAAGUUGAGUAAUGCCAUAGAAGAACUACAAACUGUAGGCCAUCUCCCUAAACCUUCAUAAGUUAAAAUAUGUUUUAAAAUAGCAACAGUUUUACUGCUGCUAUAGACUUUCACAUGUGUAUGUUUUAUUAUUGUAGCACGACAGUGUAAGUCAGUGCUUAUAUAGUAGUUGCUAUCAAAAAAAAAAAACUAUUUAAGGUUAACUAACCAGCUAAGCAUCUGUCUUGUAGUCCUUCUGGGAUCUAAGCUCUCUACAUCUGUCAAGCACAUCACAUUAAUAGUACUAAGGUAUUUGCAUUUCAUGCAGUGUCUGGCUGUGAAGUUCUUUGGAAAGAUGCAGAGGCUGCAGAACACUGUGUUGCCUGCUAUUGUGUUCCAUACCUGGCAACCCAGGAUGUGGAAUAAGGACUGGGGAAUGGGCAGUGGACGUUUCUGUGUUGUAAUGAACAAAUUUCUAAUAAUUUUCUCUUAGUACAGAAAUAUAAUACAUACUCAUCUAUAAUGUAUCAUGAAUCCAUUGAGAAUUGAGCAUAUAUUGUCUUAGUCCUACAAGGGUAACUUUUAGGAUCUAUGAAACUUGUAGUAAGUCAUGGUUCUCCCAGGUUUAAAGCAUUUUAAAACAUCAUAAAUCUUUUAGAAGAUGUGAUUUAAUUCAAGUAACCUUUUAAAAGGUUAAAGACCCUUAAUUUAAUCUCUACAACAAGCCUGGUUCUGUGUUAAGUGGCUCUUCUAAGUCAUUGCUCAAAGAAUCCCUUUAUUGCACCUUUAUUACAUUACUUAAUAAGAGUGUAGUAGCAGCAGCAGCCCUACUUUUUCUUCACCUUCAACACAGGCAAAACCUUUUAUCUCACCCAGAUUCAUAUGUAACUCAUGUAUGUCAUGUUUCACCCUGUUUAAAUACGAAUACUCUGUCAGGAAUGUUACUCAUUACUAUCUCAUUAUAUCUGUGCAUCUGAUUGUUUUGGAUCUGUGUGUGUGUCUGUGGGGUGUGUGUGUGUGUGUGUGUGUAUGCUCAUGUGCAUGCCACAAGCAUAUAACUAUACAAUAAUACAAUAUUCAGUACUGUGAGAAAUGUCUCAUUCGAUAAUAAACAUAUUUUAUGGCACAGAGAUGAACUUUUAAUGGUGCAGACAAAACACUUGAACGCACAGUUUUACAGUUCUCUGAUCAUCUUCCAAAGGAGAAGCACUGUGUUCUAAUGAAGCUCAAACUGGUAGAAAAUGCAGCAUUUUAAUACGUCAUCAAAUGCAGGGGGUGGACAACAAUCUAUCUAAAUUAAUGAUGAUGCUCCUCUGACUUGAUGAUGUUACUGCACUAUGUAAGUGAGCAAGACAGUGCUGUGUAACUCUAGUCAUGUUUGUGUAAAAUCCUGUAAUAUUUCUAUACCACCUCAGUCCACAUGCUUCUUUCAGUUGUUGUGCCAUUUCUGUAUCUCUCAGCUUGUCCAGAAAUGCAUGUGUAGACUGUGUAGAUUCUUUAGUAGCUUUAGUAGUGGCUCACAAAACACUUCCAGACAUUAGAGGGAGCCCAAGAGCAAGAAAUUACCCAGACCAUACUUAUGCAUACGUUGCACUUUUUAAUAAAAAAAUGAAAAAGCAAAAAUUACAUUCACAUUCAAUUUAGAAGACCCAACACACAUAUCCCACAGGUCAGCGCAGUGUCCUGUGGCUUCUAUGGGACCAUGGGACAUGAUACUAGUUCCUGUUCCAUGACUUUUUUGAAAAUAAUGAUUUAAUAUGUACAAACCAAAGCAAUGGCUUAGCUUAGUUCCACUAAGUUAGAAUAAAGGACAUGUCUCCCAUUUCCAUACUAAUCAUCCAACCUGGUGCAAUACUGGUAUAUUUUAACUUAGAAUGAUCUUUACAUUUACAUCCGUAUAAUAUUUUUAGCUGCUAGCAUUAGCAUUAUUUUGUCCAUCUCCUGUAUCAGUAUGACUGAUGACAUUUUCAGAGUAUAUGGUCACCAUCAUGAAAAAAACAUGUAUCUUCAGAUCUUGUAUUUUGACAUAAUUUAAAUCUGGAAGUUGUUCUUUACAUGGUAAUAGAAUUUAAUGACCGAUAGGAAUGAUUAACAUGACUUGGAAAAAACUUUAUAUAUUGACCACUGAAAGGUCCAGAGGACUAAGACACUGUCACUAUAAUCCAAAGAGCGUCAGUUCGAAUCGCAGAUCAUGCUGCUUGCCAUCAGCAGCCGGAGUCCGAGAGAGAGCACGAUUGGCAUGGCUCUAUCUGGGUGGGUACUCUAGAUAGCGUGCUCUCUCUCUUUCUCCUUUAUCACUCAGUGUGAUACUAUUAGUGUGAUGUUGGUCAGCACAGGCAUCUGUUAGCGGAGUUAUCCGAGCUGGGGACCGGCUGCGCUGUGAUUCUACCGAUGAUUCUGCAUUAGUAGCUGUGGCUGUUUAAAAAAGCUUGUUUUUGCUCUUACGUUCCCAAUGUUUAGGGCAUUACUAGUGAUAGAGGGAGUUUGUAUGUAUGAUAAUUGGUCAUUUAGCCUUCUAAAUUGUAUAGUCAUUAUUGGAGAUAUGGUUCUUGCAUGAUGGUGACUAUGUACUACACAUGCAUGCUUUAAAUUUCCAACAACACCAUGCCUUAAACGACCUGUACUAAAGGCAGAAAUGGUAGCACUGUUAGUUCUGUUCUUACCUGUAGCCAAUUAUUUGGUUCACGCUCUCUGUGCCACUGUGAAUAAAUGCCACUGUCUCAGUCAGCAAGGCUCUGCGCUAUUCGUUUCAUAUUAUUAUGUGUAUAUUUCCUGCUCUACGCCUGUUAAUCUCACUUCUCACUGAAAGACAGAGUUAUUCAAUUGUGGAAUCUGCAGUAAAGUCGUUUAAUCCUGGGUCCUAACCCAAGCUGCAUGUACUGGCACCCAUGCUUUACUUCUCACCACCAAAGGUUCUACAGCUUUACGACCUCUCAUCAUCCGUCAUCGCGUGUCACUCCUCUCCGUCGACUCUGGGUGGCCUGUGGUUUUGUAUUUUUCUAUUGGAAACAGUGAUUCUGUGUAUACGAUGUUCUUACGGGAAAUGUUCUGGCCUGAUGCUUGUUUGCAGGUUUUGGAAAACAGUAGCACCAUUGUGGAUCAGUGUAAUGUUAAAACAAGAAGAAAUAUUUGAGAAUCAGAAAUGUACAGUGUUCUAAUAAAAUCUCAUCAACCUCUA